CGUCAUGACGUUAAUAUGUUAUGUUUAAACCGAUCACGUCAAAUGACGCGACGUUAAAUGACGCUACGUAAACGUUGGUUACAACGUCAAAGUAAAAAUCAAGAUAAAGCAGUAUGCACCAUAUUGUCCACUGGUACACAAUGGAUGCACACACAUUACAGAAUAUACUUCGCAGCAAGUAUGACAUCGAUGAAGAGCUUCACACCGAGGGCAUAUUUGUGGCCCGUCAAGGCGGCACCAUGAAAGCAAAAGGUCUGUUCAGUAUCGGGAUUGGUGAGAGGUUUAUAGUCGUCGCCGGCAUCAACCCCCGCGGACCGGAGAUCGACUACAAUCCGGUGUCUCUCACUCCGGUAGGCUUGACCGGUGUCACAUACAAAAAUGCCAGCAUGAUUGUAACAAUCUCCAGUCCGCUCAAAGGCAAGAAUUCCUUUCAGUUAUGCAGCAGUAGCAAGGCAGUCGCUAUAUGGGAUGAUUUAACCACCGCCAUUGAUUACCUGGCGUCUAAAUUACGCGGCGACAUUUGCUGCAGCGCGUCACUCAGUGCUUCAUCAUCAUCAUCAUCAGACGCCUCUGUGGAUGCAGACCAUGAGUAUACGUAUCAGAGGGGCUUCAUAGGCCGGACCCUUCUCAAUUACAGAUGUCUGUCCCCGCAAAGGUUUCCCACGGCAGAUAGAAGUUUCCGCUCUAUUUCAUUACCCGAUAUGGUAUGUGGACCAACCGAUGCCAACUCGGCGUGCCGUCAGCAUGUUAAGAUAGGUCACAGUUUGGACUGUGUCGACGUGUCAUUGGACAUCUUCAUCAAUGAUAAUUAUAACAACCGAAAUGAAGCAAUUCAACAGGAAAACUUUACUGCACCCGAUACAGUUAUUAUGCAAAAUUGCGGGCAACUAACCGACGAGCGACGGACGGAUAUGUCAAUCAAGCAGCCCAGUUUACUUGAGAGGUUCCUGCGCUUGUUUACCUGCUGUAUAAGCAAGCGUUGAUUUCUUUACCAUUAAUCUAUGAUAAUUGAAUUGAGAAAUCACAUUUUUAUAUUGUUGUUUAUGGCAAUAAAUUCAUUGUAUGAAUAAA